AUGUGUGAGCGGUUAUACAGGAAAAUAAAAGAAUUUGAAUGUGAAUCGAACAUGUACAUAUCAAACAACAAAGUACUUUUCGAAAGUAUACAUAAAUUGAUGAAAGAAGGAAUACCUGUAAUCCCCAGCGCGUACUACAUAAACGAUAAAGAAGUUGUAGACAGAGAAACGAACAGAUAUGUUCUAACGAAAUAUAUUUACGAUGUAGAUGAUAUUAUAUACAAAGUUGAAGCACAUUCUAAGAUAAAAGUUGAAAAGGAAACUAAUUUAAGAGUAAAAUUUCUAGAUCAAGUAUAUUUAAAAGAUAAUGAAGUGGAAGACAUUUAUAAAGACGAUAAAUAUAAUAUACUAGAUUCGAUACAAAUAUACGUGUCUCAUAACCAUUUUGAAAAUUUAUGGAAUGAAAACACGAUGCAAUAUUUCCUCAGUUGUUAUCAUGAUGAACACAAUUUCAAAAUACACACGCAUAUACUUGAAAAAGAAGAAUUUGGGUAUGAUUUACAAAUAGAAUUAUAUGAAAUUCCAAAAACUCCAGAAAAAAUAUAUCUUGUUGCAAAUCAUUUAUCAAAAAUUAGAGAAGCUUUGCAAUGUGGCACUUUGAUGCAUUUUUUCCUUACAAAAGCUCAUCUUCAGGAAAAUUCUUUUGUUAAAUUUAUUAUUCGAAGAAAUGAAGUUAUAUAUCUUUUAAAGAAAAAUGAUUACAUUUUAGUUGUUCUUUCUGCACAUUACCCGGACAUACAUGACAAGUACAUUGUUUUGGGUCUGUGCAAAAAUAUUCAUGCCACAACCAAAUCAAUGGAUUUGCAUGGAAACUUGGAUUUCUCUUUUUAUGCAGAUUUUCCAUCUCACUUGGUAUCAUCGGAUUUUUUUGUUUAUGAUAGCAGCGACGAGGGUAACUAUGACAAGCCGUCUAUCGAUGCAGUAUCGGAAGGAGUAGACAAAACAGAUGUAGAUAAAGAUGUAGAUGUAGAUAAAGAUGUAGAUGUAGAUAAAGAUGUAGAUGAAGAUGUAGAUGUAGAUGAAGAUGAGGAUGAAGAGGCGAUCCAAUCGGAAGAACAUGGAGGGGUGGCCAAUUCAAAUUUGCAUCUUCCAAAUGGCCACUCAGGUUAUGAGGAUGAUACAGAUCGUCAUGAUGCAUCUAGGAAAAGGAAAGAUAUUACAGAACACCCAGAGGAAGAAAUUAACGGAAGGGGCGUUCCGAAUGUCGGAUUUGUAGCUAUCAAAAUGGACUCUAAAUUAUUCAGUGGGUGUAAAGAUUUCACAGAGUUGAUUCAGAUAUCCAGUAGAGUCUCUCACAUUAUUGUUUCUUUUCGAGAUUUUCUGAACAAUGCUUUGGUGCUCUACCGAAUGAGAACCCGCAGGGCCGUCUGA